AUGACUUUAAGAGAUGCAGUGGGCGGGGAAGGAGCGUCUAGUUCUGCUCCCAGUAGGAAGCUGUCAGCAGGCUCUGCCUCAGACUACCUACCCAGACACCCCCAGACUACCUACCCAGACACCCCACACUACCUACACAGACAUCCCUCAGAUACCUACACAGACACCCCCAGACUACCUACACAGACACCCCUAGACUACCUACACAGACACCCCAGACUACCUAUCCAGACACCCCAGACUACCUACACGGACACCCCAGACUACCUACACAGACACCCCCAGACUACCUACACAGACACCCCCAGACUACCUACCCAGACAUCCCCAGACUACCUACACAGACACCCUCAGAUUACCUACACAGACACCCCCAGACUACCUACCCAGACACCCCAGACUACCUACCCAGACACCCCAGACUACCUACACAGACACCCCAGACUACCUACAUGGAUACUCCCAGACUACCUACACAGACACCCUCAGAUUACCUACACAGACACCCCCAGACUACCUACACGGACACCCCCAGACUACCUACACGGACACCCCCAGACUACCUACACGGACACCACCAGACUACCUACACAGACACCCCCAGACUACCUACCCAGACACCCCAGACUACCUACACAGACACCCCCAGACUACCUACCCAGACACCCCCAGACUACCUACACAGACACCCCAGACUACCUACACAGACACCCCCAGACUACCUACAUGGACACCCCAAGACAGCGGCACGGAGGUCUGCAUACAACAGCAUGGCUGAUAACAUUUCAUGACUCACUGAGUUCAGCAGGACUGGAUUGA